CAAGGUUUCUUCAAUUGUUUCUUAAAUGAGUUUUUCUGGGAGGUUUUCUUUGUCUUCUUCGAGGGUUUAGGUUUGAUGAGGGGCACUUCAAUGGGCGUAUGUGAAUCCGUCUGUGACAUUGCUUGUAAAAAGGGCUAUACAAAUACUUUGUAUUUGAUUUCGUUUGAAGAGAGCUGUGUCAUGAAAUGGAUUUCAAGAGUGCAUCCCAUUUUUAGGGUGAAUUUACUUCCAAGUACCACCAACAAAAAAGAAAAAGUUCCAUUACUUUCGAACGUUGUUGUUUUGAGUCUUGUACAUGAACAAUGCCUACUUCUCCUCUCUCCCUAUUUUUCUUUCUCUCUCACUUGCUCUCUCUUUCUCACACAACACACACAAUUUGUCCUGCUGGUGCAUUGGCUUUUGUGUGCAGUUUGCACCCAGUUCCAUCUGAUCCCAGCCUUAGAGGAAUGGCUGUGUGCUUUCUCCAGGGACGUGCCCAGAGUGGACAAAUCAUGCAAAUUUUCUGGGAGAGAAACGGAGUGUUAGACCCAAGAUGAAGGCAGAGAAGGAGGCUCUCUCAAAAGCUCUAGCCGCUCCUCGACUUUUGCUACUCUGGUGUCUCCAUGUUUUCUGCCUUUCAGGCGGUGUUGAAGGGGUAAACAUCACGAGCCAAGGCUCCCUAAUCCGGGGAAUUUUAGGAGGGGAAGCUCUCCUCUCUGUCCGCUACAGCAGCAUCAGCCUUGACCCACCUGUUAUCAAGUGGCAGCUGAAGAGGGAUAAGCCCGUAACAGUGGUUCAGUCAAUUGGUACCGAGAUCAUCGGUAACCUGCGCCCAGAGUACCGGGACCGCAUCCUUGUGUUUGAGAAUGGCACCUUGCUCCUCCACAACCUCAAGCUGUCAGAUGAAGGCACCUAUGAGGUGGAAAUUUCCAUCACAGACGACAGCUUCACUGGAGAGGGCAGUAUCGAGCUUACCGUUGAUGAGCCCAUAUCCAGACCAUAUGUCCAUAUGGAAGCGUCCUCUGUUCUGGAACUCAGUGAGCACUUUAUCCUAAACUGCUCCCAUGACAAUGGAACCAAGACUACAUACAGCUGGUUGAAAGGCGGGAAACUGAUGACCAAUGAGACACGGUUGCUGCUGUCACCUGACCAGAAGUACUUGACUAUUAAACGUGUGCUAAUGGUGGAUGAUGACAUUUAUAGCUGUGCAGUGGAGAACCCCAUAGGCAGUAUGAAGAGCAUGCCUAUCAAACUGACUGUGUACAGAAGGAGUUCCCUCUACAUCAUUCUCUCCACCGGGGGCAUUUUCCUUCUCAUCACCCUGGUGACCGUGUGUGCUUGCUGGAAGCCCUCAAAAAAGCCAAAACAUCCUAUUAGAAAGCCUCUAUCAAGAUCAUUUCACACUCACUCUGAUCAUUUUCCAAUCAAUCAUGCAGUUGAUGUGGUACCAAUAAUGACAGAGCAGAAAUGCAAGAAUCCAGUGGCUCUCUACAUCCUUAAAGAAGAUUCUCCCAAGGGUGAACAUGACUCACUCAACAACAUGGGCUCCUCUCCUGAACUCAGCAGUCCCCCUAGCUACAGCAGCUCGCAGCUCCCCUCCUCUCGGUCCCCCGAGCCCCCUGCCCGCUCAUCUCGCAGGUAUCCCCGCACCCCAGCCAGCUCCCCCCCUUCACAUCACAACAAGUCCACCCCCUCCCCACCUCAUACCCACAGCUCCGGGUGCAUAUUCCACUCCCCAGAAGUUGUACCUUCUGUCCUUCCUUUGGAAAAGCCCACCCACACACUGGAAGCCAAUGGUACAGCUCAGACCUGAUUGCUAUGCACUCCCUCCAGUCAUACAUUGUUUUUGCAUAGGGAUGUGUGAUCAAUUUCUCUUUGUGCACAUGGGUCACAUCACACAACAGCUGACCAUAUGUUUUUAUGAAAGAAAACACAUCCAAAACAUUAAAUUAUUAAAAGAACACAGGAUGUAGUUGUCCUUCCUUGUGGUAUAGUACAUUUAUAUGGAGUUAGAUUAGUU